AUUUAAUAAUGGACGAUGAAUAAUAGGAGAAAUAGCAACUAGCUAAUGAUGGUAGAUAAAUGACUUUGAUUGAUCAAAUCAUUAGAAAUAAAGUUUUUAAUAGUCGAUAUUGGAAAGAGGACUGUUUUGGGUUAACUGCUGUAACUUUAGUUGAUAAAGCAUGCAAAUUAGAUUGUGUAGGUAAAUUAUGAAAUUUAUAAUUAACAGGUGCAACAUAUUCUGGUACUGGAAAACCUGUUCCAUUUCUAUGUUUAUUGAUGAAACUUUUGUAAAUCAAUCCAGAAAAAGACAUCAUACUUGAAUUCCUUCAAAGCAAAGAUUAUAAAUAUAUAAAUGCUUUAGCAAUGUUUUACAUAAGAUUAACAUCAAAAGCAAAGGAAGCAUAUCCAACUAUAGAAUAAUUUUAUUCAGAUUUUCGUAAAAUCAGGAUUCGAAAUUUAGAUGGUACUUUUGCAAUUUGGCACAUGGAUGAAUUAGCUGAGAAACUGUUAAAUGAAGAAAAUAUAUUUGGAAUAUCAUUGCCAAGAUUUUAAAAAAGAUGGAUUUUAGAAGAGCUAGGCUAAUUGGAAGCAAGGAAAAGUGUUUUAGAAGAAGAAUUAAAGAAUAAAGAAUAAGGUCAAUAAGAAUAAGAAUAAGAAGGAGAGAAAGGUUAAGAAUAAAAAGAAGAGAAAAGAUCAAGGAGUAGAAGUCGAAGUAGAAGCCAUAAAAAACAUAAAAAAAACAAUAAGCAUUCUUCUCAUAAUAGAAAGUGAU